AUGACUUUUGCUGAAUCUUCUUACAACAAAAGCUCUGUCUUGAGAAUCGACGUUCUGGUUGUGGACGAUGAUCCUGUUUUCCGUGGUGUUAUUUCACAAAUGCUUGUAAAUUCUAAAUACAGAGAGGAUGUGCCAAAAAAGAUCUUAGCGUUUAUGAACGUAUCAUACUUGACAAGAGAGAACGUUGCCAGCCAUUUACAGAAAUAUCGGAUAUUCUUGAGGAAAGUGGUAGAAUAAGGUUUGAUGAGCAUUAUGUCAGCUAGAGGCAUAGACUCGAUGUUUCGACAUACUCAUAUCAAGGAGCCCUACUUCAACCGAUACACACCCUCUACUUCUUGGUACGAUACAAGUCUUAACAAUAGAUCAUUCUAUUCCAAAUCCGGACAAGGCUUUGGACAGUCGAGACUUUUGUCAACCACACAUGAGCCACCCGUCCGUUUCAACCAGAUGCCUUACAACUACAUGAACCGGUCAUCUACUUACGAGACGCACCAUGUUGGAUCUGGAUCAAACUUGACGCUACCCAUCCAAAGCAACCUCAGUCUGGCCAACCAACCAUCUCAAAACGAGGAAAGAAGAAGCUUUUUUGAACCACCUGUGAUGGCGAACAAAAUCGGCCAAACAUCUCAAGUUCAUGGGUUUGGACAACUUGGACCGUCAGCUAUUAAUAAUUUCAACAAUAACAUGAUGAGUAGCUUUGGGAGUUUUACUCCAAAUCAACCAGGACUUGGCCACUUCUCGUAUGGGAUGCAAUCGUUCUUAAACAAUGAGAACACUACAUAUAACCCUGACCCACAUGCCAAUGCAACUACACAGCCAAAUCCUGAACUUCCUCAACUGGAGAAUCUCAACGUACACAGUGAUCUCGGCAAGACUAGUGAGCUUCCUUACAACAUCAGCAACUUUCAAUUCGAUCACAACAAGCAGCAACAAGGAGAAGAGGCUUCCAACAAAUUUGAGCUCCCAUCAAUUUUUUCGGCUGAACUGAAUCAGUUUUUAUCUCUUGGAGACGAUGGUGACUGGACCUUUGUGAACGUAAACGAGGGUCAUUCUAAUGGAGAAAUAUCCAACACUUUUGCUGCUCCGGACACGAAUCACACCUUUCCGCUCCUGAGACGAAUCCUCCAAGUUUCAACACGAACCCUAAUCAGAAUCAGAUAUUGUAUUAGCAAUUGGUCGUUUUUGGAUCCGCAGGAUUUGGUUGAUGACGACUUCAUGAACUCUCUGUUCAACAAUGACAUGAAUUGAAAAGUGUUCUCCAAGCU